AUGGGCUCUUGGGAGGCUAGAAUGGAGGCCGAUUUGGGCUUGGGAGCAGUAGGUGAUUUGGAAGAACUUAGAGUCUUGACGCGAGCAGAUGCCUUAGAAGUGCUGGAACGGGAGUCCCUGGAAACUGGCACUAAAGCCCGAGAAGAGAUAGGGACAGGAGAAGCAGAUGUGGAGCUAAUAAUCGGGUUGCCGGUUAAUGGUGCAGCUAUAACAGGCCGAUCACGCCACCAUUGGCCAUCAAUUUGUGAGGCAUUAUUAGGUGUCGUUCCACCUAAUAAUGUCAUAAGAGGGUGUUAUCUGAAAAUGAACUGGCUAGCUGAGGAGUUUAGUCAACUUCCAGAUGAUGCUGAUGAGGAAGUUGUACAUAGGUUCGCAAGAGCAUACAUUAUGAGGGUCAUUGGAUCCAUUUUUAGUGAUACAUUUGCUUUGCGUAUGAACCUAAUGUUCCUAUCUUUGCUAGUUGAUCUUGAAGAAGCCGGCAAUUAUAGCUGGGGUGGGGCAUGUCUGGCAUGGUUGUAUAGACAGUUAUGUAAGGUGACAAAUCCUGAAGUUAUGCAGAUGGUUGAUCCCUUAUUCAUAGUUCAGAUAUGGGCAUAG